UUGAAACUGGUACACUAGUCAUUGUCUUGAUUAUGUUGGUGUUGGUCGGUUUGGUCCUAAUAACUUCUUAAGUUGAUUUGAUGAAAUCCAAAAACCCCUUAUUUAAGCACCCAAUUCUGGAAAAGUUGCAAAAAUGUGACAGGCUCAACACCCUGAAGCAAGUCCAUGCCCAAAUGGUAACAACUGGUCUUGCACUUGAGACAUACUAUCUGAGUUACCUCCUUAACACAUCCUCCAACCUUGCCUCUACCUAUGCUUUCACCAUCUUUAACCAUAUCCCAAACCCAACGGUUUUCCUCUACAAUACACUCAUUUCUUCUUUCACGCGUCACAAUCGCCAAUUUCAUUUAGCCUUCUCACUUUACAACCGCAUUCUCACCCAUAGGACCCUCCAACCCAACACCUUCACUUUUCCCUCCCUCUUCAAGGCCUGUGGCUAUGACCCUUGGCUCCAAUAUGGUCCACCCCUCCAUGCUCAUGUUUUGAAAUUCCUUCAACUCCCCUAUGACCAUUUUGUCCAAGCCUCGUUGCUCAAUUUCUAUGCUAAAUAUGGAAAAUUGUGUGUGUCCAGAUAUCUGUUCAAUCAAAUUAGUCAACCUGACCUUGCCACGUGGAAUACCAUGUUGGCUGCCUAUGCACAAAGUGUAUGUCAUGUUUACUCAACCAGUUUUGAAGAUGCUGAUGUGUCCUUAGAGGCAUUGUAUUUGUUCAGUGACAUGCAAUUGUCUCAGAUAAAGCCAAAUGAAGUUACACUUGUGGCAUUGAUUAGUGCAUGUUCUAAUUUAGGGGCUCUUAGUCAGGGUCUUUGGGCACAUGGUUAUGUGUUGAGGAACAAACUUAAGCUGAAUCGUUUUGUGGGAACUGCACUGGUGAAUAUGUAUUCCAAAUGUGGCUGUCUGAAUCUUGCAUGUCAAUUAUUUGAUAAAUUGUCUGACAGGGACACGUUUUGCUAUAAUGCCAUGAUUGGAGGGUUUGCAGUUCAUGGUCAUGGGAAUCAGGCCCUUGAACUGUACAGAAAGAUGAAAUUCGAGGGCCCAGUUCCUGAUGAUGCUACUAUUGUAGUUACUAUGUUUGCCUGCUCUCAUGGUGGAUUGGUAGAGGAUGGUCUUGAGGUUUUUGAGACAAUGAAAGGGGUUCAUGGAAUGGAGCCAAAACUUGAACAUUAUGGUUGCCUGAUUGAUCUUCUGGGUCGAGUUGGGAGAUUAAAGGAAGCAGAGGAAAGGUUACAAGAUAUGCCCAUGAAACCGAAUGCAGUUUUGUGGAGGUCUUUACUUGGGGCAGCGAGACUUCAUGGCAGCUUCGAGAUGGGGGAAGUUGCUCUCAAACACUUGAUAGAGUUAGAACCAGAAACAAGUGGAAACUAUGUGCUUUUGUCGAAUAUGUAUGCUGGCAUUGCUAGGUGGAGUGAUGUGAAGAGAGUGAGGAUGCUCAUGAAAGAUCAUAGGGUUAACAAGUUGCCUGGAUUUAGCUUAGUGGAGAUUAAUGGUGCCAUGCAUGAGUUUCUCACUGGUGACAAAACUCAUCCAUUUUCAAAAGAAAUAUAUUUGAAGAUUGGGGAGAUAAAUAGAAGACUACAAGAAUAUGGUUACAAACCAAGAACAUCAGAAGUUUUGUUUGAUGUAGAAGAAGAAGAUAAGGAAGGUGUCCUCUCUUACCAUAGCGAAAGGCUAGCUAUAGCAUUUGCUCUCAUCGCAUCUCCUUCAAGUUUGCCUAUAAGAAUUAUAAAAAACCUUAGAGUGUGUGGGGAUUGCCACGCUUUUACCAAAUUAAUAUCAGCAUCAUAUCAAAGAGAUAUUAUAGUUAGAGAUCGAAAUCGGUUUCACCAUUUUAAGGAUGGGAGUUGUUCUUGUCUAGAUUAUUGGUGAUACCUUGUUCACCUUAAAACAAAAUCAAUACCUGAAAGAAAAGUGUAGUUUGCUAGAUUUAUGUGAAAGUUAUUUUGAUUUAGUUUUAGCUGAAAUGAAAGCAGUUUUUUAUUUAGCAGAUGACAUGAGACGAGCUUCAUAUUAUUUGAAAAUAUAUUCAAAGACUUAAUUUUUCAGUAAUUGAAUUAUGAUUUAAAAAAAAUAUAGGGAAAGUAUAUGUCCAUCUCAUUUUUGUUGAACAAAUUCAUAGUCACCAACCGUUGAAGGGAUGAUGUAACGGGCUAUGAUAUACCAUUUAGAAAACUCAUUCAAGGCAUGGUGUCCAAUUUUAUUAAUUGUAGAGUGCAGAAUGAGUCAACAUAUUGUGCUGUACCACCGAUCAGUGAUUAUGGUGCUAAAUUGUUGGUUUUUGCUGUGGAAAAGCUGCUUCGUUGUCAGUGACAGAAUCACGAAAUCACGGUAGAUUAUGGCAUGAUGCUAAUACCGCAGGACAUUGAAAGCUUUUAUCUUCUUGGUGUGAGGGGACUUUUUAAAGCGCACUUUUUCUCUGUUUCCAUGCUUCUCCUUUUAAGUUUCAGUAACUAGGCCAGAAUUUUAUCUUGUUUUAUUCAAUCAUCAAGGUUAGGUGUAUCUUCUAUCAUGCAUUUGGCAUUUUAUCUUAUAUAAAGUUGUUCUUGUAGCCUAGUGCCAGCACAAGGAAGGGAUCAGGCUCACUCCAUGUUGAGCCACAGAACUCUGAAAUCUCGUACUGUGCUGAUGAUGACGGGUACUGUAAAAAUUAUUCAAAAAGGGGUGAUUAAGUCUUUUUAAGUGAAUUUUUAAUAUUUGAAAAUGGUGCGAUUAACGGUUGGCAUGUCUUCCUCUAUUCAUGUAAGCUUUCUCUGCUCUUGCAUGCAGAACGUUGUUGAGUUCAAUUUAUUAAUUCCGACUUCCAUCUUUGAAAGUGUAGGCCGUCCCACCACAAGUUUCUGAGAGCAUUGAUUCCUUUCUGGUGUAGUGCAUAUUAGCUACUCUAUCAGUGAUUGCACCUUCAAGGAAAGAUCCACAGCAACAAAUAUCAUCAAGAAUGGACCCGAGAAUCAUUUUGAUUGCUAUCAUGCAUAGCAUUUGCUUCUCAU